UUACGGCGUAACAGAACAAAUCAUGGUAUCGCCCACUGGAGGGACGGAGGCGUAACUAGCUUUCAGCUACCUAGGUCUGACGCAAAUUUCUGUAAGAUCAUCCGGUCUAUGUAUAUUCUGCCAGUAUUGGGAGCUCAGAGUGCGAAAGUUCAUUCGCGAAAACCUAUAAGUACCAUAGGUACCCAACGGUUUGCCGUCUACUGGGUAUCCCGUAAAACCCUCCUCUUCCCUCACUUUGCUCAGGCUCUACAAUGGAUAAGCCGGAAACCACCUAUAUUGAUUCGGAGGACAAAAGGGAGCUCGACCUUAGCAGUACGAAUCAUCGUGACAGCAGUCCGAGUGAUGCUGCCGCCCUUGAAGGCAGCGUUGAUCCAGCAGCAGCCCGACGAGCCCGCGUCAAAGUCGAUCUUGUUGUCCUUACCACGUCAACCUUCAUUUGUAACCCAUUCACUAGAGAACAUGAGCCUCAAUUUAAAUAGUUUCUUGUCAGGCUUCCUGGAUUACAUUGAUAAAACAAACCUAGGGAAUGCUGCAAAGGCAGGGCUUUUAGAAGACCUCAACAUGUCUCCGUAUCAAUUUUCCAUCGUCCUAACCCUCUUCUUCAUACCAUUCCUACUCGUGGAGAUAUUCUCGAACUUCCUUUUUAAGAGGAUUGGUGCCCAUAUAUUCAUUCCUAGCCUUAUGGUUGCAUGGGGAGUAGUGGAGACAUUCCAAGGUUUUGUCACAUCCUACCACGGAUUAAUCAUUUGUCGUCUAUUUAUGGGGCUGGCUGAAGGGCCCCUGGCUCCGGCGAUCAUCUUGUAUCUGUCGGAGUUUUACAAGCGGCACGAGUUGCAAAAACGGAUAGCUAUGUUGUUUAGUGCUACGAGCCUCGCGGGUGCUUUUUCUGGGCUUUUGGCUUACGCUAUCGUUCAUCUUGACGGUAAAGGUGGUAAACCAAGCUGGAGUUGGAUAUUCUUCUUAGAGGGCAUCUUUACCGUUAUAUUUGGUGUCGCCUCGUUCUUUUGGCUACCGAAGGACAUUGCGAGUGCCGCCUUCAUGACAGAGGAAGAAAAAUCCGCAUACUCAAGUGUAAUUCAAGAAGAUAUGGCCGUCGAGGAAGUGGACGAUAGAUUCCAGUUCUCAACCGUAUGGUCGGCCCUCACAGCGCCUCAUGUUGUACUCCUAGCCAGUUCCGCAUUCUUUGCUGGUUACAUUCUCUUUGGAAUAGCGUACUUCCUCCCGACUGUAGUGGGAAGUCUAGGUUACUCACCUGCGAAAACGCAGCUCUAUGGGGUUCCCCCAUUCACUUGCGCGUUUGUCUCGAGCAUAACAGCCGCCUAUUUCAGUGACAAAUAUCGUUGCAGAGUGCUAAUUGCGAUUGGUUCAAGUCUCAUCACUCUUGCAGGUUUCAUCGUGAUGUACCACAGCAUAAAUGUCCAUGUGAGGUAUGGCUCGAUAUUCGCCCAAACGAUUGGUAUGUCCAUCGCUUCCCCUUGCGUGUACACGUUGAUCCCAAACAAUGUCUAUCCCCACUAUCGCCGUGCUGCAGCUAUCGCAUUUGGACUCAUCAACAGCGGCUGUGGAGGGAUAUUAGCGAUGUGGAUGUACCACGAUGCUCCUUAUUUUUACAAAACAACGAAGCUCAAUAUUAGCUGCACUAUUGUGCUCAUUGUACACUUAUUCCUACUACUUGGCUAUCUACAUUACAAGAACUUGCAGAAGGGCAAAGAGCGUGGAUUACACGAUAACACUCCGGAUGAUAAUACUGAAGAGAAGCUAAGGCUAGGUGACAGACACCGAGACUUCAUAUAUACUCUCUGAUCUGGCUCUGGUUUGGGCAUGGAUUGACGUUACGAUCUCACACGCGUGUAUAUUACGAAGGCCCACCAAUGGGCUGCUACCCUUACAAGUUUUUGGAGGGAGACAAACUUUUAAGUGAAUG